GAACUAACUGCAUACUGCAGGACAUUCAUUUUCUGCCCGCCAGACGGAGAUCACACGCCUCCGCCAUGACGCCGUCCACUGCCAUCCUGCGAGGGCUACAGAAGGGCGAAAAUCCCAACGCCAACUUCUUCUUCUACGCCUCCAUCCUCAUCAUGUUCGUGUCAUGUGGGCUCUACAACUUCUUCUUCAAGCGACGGCUGGAAGCCCAAUUGCUCGCGCAACAUCAAGCAAGUCAGGAACAGGUGUACCGACAGGACGUGAUUGCAAGCGACCAAGGCAUGGAGAAUCUCUGGGCGUGCGACGUGUGCGACUUUAAGAACUACGACGGACACAAGACGUGCAUCCUCUGCGGUACGGAGCGCGACUUCACGUUGUACGGGAAGGCGUCGUCCAAACGAAGUUCUGGGAACGACGACGGCGCCAAGACGGCUAUGCCGUCGUCGCUGUCCCCGACCAACUUUGUGCUCAUGAACGACUCGACGCCCCGCACGAUCAAGAAGAAUCGAAACUUUGCAAAACUCCGUCUGAACAACUUGAACAUUCGACAGAAAGGCGCGCGGCGGCGCCACGACUGGGUACGCAACGUGGACGAGGCGAGCGGGGACAUUGUGUGGGGUCGGAACCGCGACGUGUUGGACCACAAGGUUCUGAAGCGCAUCGUGGCCAAGGACACGCGAGGGCAUCCCCAUCUUCCGAACGACGACGGGGACUUUGACCUGCCCAUGCUGCGGGACUCGGUGUCGAGCGUGAGUUCCGCGGGCAGCGUCGCGAGUGUGGGGUACGUGAGCAAGUUGGUGCUGACCCCCAAGCACCCCGAAGGGCGCAUGUCGUUCGAGACGGCGGAGGGGCAGACGGCGUUCCAGACGGUGAACCCGACGGUGUUUUCGUCGGCGGACCUCAAGGACGUGUCCCAGCUCACGUUCCAGCAAAAGCACGCGUGGUUCGUCCAGUACACGUCGACGAUGGAGGUGCCGUGGGAGUACGGCCACAUGCUGCUCGAGAUCGACCGCAGCAACUUGCUGCACAACUCGUGCGAGCAGCUGCUGUGGGCGUCGCACGACCAGCUGCACCAGUCUUUGCGCAUCAAGUUUCUCAACGAGCCAGGCGUCGACGCCGGCGGGCUCGAGCGCGAAUGGUUCACGCUCAUGACGGAGGAGAUCUUUGACGAGCGCACGGGGCUCUUCCACGCGGGCAUGGACAACGCGUAUAUGAUUCGCCCCACGUCCAGCGACGCGUCGGAGGACCACCUCAUGUACUUUCAAGCGAUCGGGCGGUUUGUGGGCCGGGGGCUGUUUGAAGGGAUGCUGCUGGACGCGCACCUGGCGCUGCCUCUGUACAAGCACAUCUUGGGGACGCCCAUCACGUUCUCCGACUUGGAGUUUGUCGACGUGGAGCUGUACAACAACCUGCGGUGGCUCAAGCAAAACAAGGGCGUCGAGUCACUCUGCCUGGACUUUAGUGUGAACGUGGCGCAGGUGGACAAGGAGCCGCUCACGAUCGACCUGUGCCCGAACGGCCGACACAUUGCCGUCACGGACGACAACAAGGACGAGUACGUGUACCUGCGCUUCAAGUGGAUCAUGCUCACGAGCAUCUCGCCGCAACUGGCGUCGCUGAUCAAGGGCAUCUACAGCGUCAUUCCCCUCGAGAUGCUGUCUGUGUUUGACCACCAAGAGCUGGAGCUGCUCAUGUGCGGCAUCCCUGACGUGAACGUGGACGACUGGAAGGCGCACACGACGUACAUUGGCAACGACUGCGACCCCCAAGUGAUCGAGUGGUUCUGGGACGUUGUCACAGACUUUACCACCGAGCAGCGCGCGCGGCUGCUGCAGUUCACGACCGGGUCGGCCCGAGUGCCGGUGCAGGGCUUCAAGACGCUCACCAUGAACGACGGCCGCAUCUGCCUCUUUGCGAUCCAGGGCAUCCGCAAGGAAGAGUGCUUGUACCCGCGGGCCCACACGUGCUUUAACCGCCUCGACCUGCCCAUGUACUCGUCGAAAAAGGACCUGGAAACGGCGCUCACGAUGGUCAUCAAAAUGGAAGUCACGGGGUUCACGAUUGAGUAAAAACAACGAAUCCAUUUAGUUUGUACACUGUAAUAAGUUACCCAAAGAGGAAACUAUGGACACCUUUGCAGCGUGCAGUACGCCUAUA